CCCAAAUUUAACCCCUUGGGUGACUGGAGUUUCUACUUUAUCCAAGUUUGCUAGCUACUUACUUUCUUGGCGGAGAGGAGAGAUACAGUCGAGGGAGGCGACGUCAAGCAGUCCCUCGCGAAAUGGUGUUGAUGAUAGAACAAACAGAACGAGUCCUCCCUCCGCUAUCUACACCAGAAGUAAUCAAGUCUGUGAAGAAAGAUGCGAGGACAUUUCAACCCAAUUCCGAAGCCGAGACUGCAGAGGACAAGCAGAGGAGGCUUUGGAGGACGGGUGGGGAGACUCCCCUCUCCAUGGACACCCCGGAGUCUGACACCUCUGAGAGCAAGAAAAAGCCUCCAAUGAUGAGGUUCAAGCCCAUGGACCAGCUUUCCCCACUGCAAAGUCCAAGCGACAGCGAAACAAAGUUGGAAAGGAAAAAGUCUCAGUCGUCACAGGGUUCCAAAGCAAAUGUACAGUUUCACAAAAUCUUCAAGGAAAUCAGCAAAGAUGAACUACUCAAACAAAGUUAUACUUGUGCCUUGCAGAAAGAUAUCCUUUAUCAGGGCAGACUGUUUGUCUCUGAUAACUGGAUCUGUUUUCAUUCCAAAGUCUUUGGCAGAGACACCAAGACUGUCAUUCCUGCGCUCUCAGUAACUCUCAUUAAGAAGACAAAAACUGCCAUAUUGGUGCCAAACGCCAUUGUGAUCGCCACAACUAGUGAAAGGCAUAUGUUUGUAUCAUUCCUCUCACGUGAUGCCACCUACAAGCUCCUGAAAUCCAUCUGUAUGCAGCUAGAAGGAGAGAUCAUAGGCUGCAGUCCCGUAACUUCGUCUGCAGAGAACAGCUUCAGAGCUGAAUGCCCAUCGUCACUUCCUCUGGAUUUCUCGGCUGAAUUCUCCGAUUUGGAUGGAGUUGUGCGCCAAAGGAGAAAUGAUAUGCUUGAAAGCAGCAGCUCUGGCUCACAGACGCCAGACUAUGAGAAAAUGGCAGAGUUCCCCAGCCUUCCAGAGAGUUUCCUAAACGUGGAGAAGAAUGGCGAGGUGUCGGUGCAUGCCGACGUUCACCUCCAGACACCCAGCUCGCGCCAUGGGACCCAGCCCAAUGGCACCAGCAAGCCUGUUCUGGGAGAAGUACACCAAGACAAACCGUCGCAGCCAUUGUCUCUUAACACACUUCUCCUGAUUUACAUGUUUCUUGUGUGUGUCCUUGUCCUGUCUUCAUGUUACAUGGCCUUCAAGAUUGUUGUUCUGGAACAGAGGCUGAAUUCGCUGGGCUCAGUUGGAGAGUAUCAACACAAUGAGAAUGCUGUACACCAUCGUACACACUCUGAGGUCAAUGCAGAGAUCUAUGGAGAGCUGUCUACAAAUCUUUUCAAACUUGAGAAGAUUCAGAGGAACCUACGGAAGCUCCUAGAAGAAACCUGAAAUACUUGAUCUUGCCUGUAAAUGUGAUGCCUUCUUUACAAAACUUAGGGGGAAACAUGCAAAGGCCAUAGGUUUUUUUAAUGAAGAGCAUCCUCUGUUGUGCAAUAUGCAGUUUAUUCUAUCUUUCAACUCAGGACCACACAACACUUUGCAUUUUUCACAAUAUGUUUCAUUGAUGGUAGAAGACCAGAAGACAUAAGCUUUACUCACAGUACUGUAAUGGGACUGUGCUUGGGUGUAUAAAUUGGUCCUAAGGACCUGCGAUUUCCCCGUUUCAUCAAAAUUGGUCAAAUCACAAAGGCCUGCUGUUCAUAUUUAACUUUGUUACAUAUUUCAGAUGACAAUAAAAUAUUUAUAGUUUGCUUAAGUUCCUCUAAUGAUGCUUUAAGCAGCCUCCAAAUAGAUAUCAGGCGACUCGCUUUUGGUUAAAGACAGCAUUCAGUUAUGUGGUACUUGUUAGCACAGCUUUGAGGUGACUGUUUUUUAAUCUUUUAUUUCAGUUGAAUAAAUCUUCUAGUCUAACAUUUAACAAACUAAUGUAAAGUUAGGGUCUUGCCUGGUAAACACUAAGUUGUCACUAUUAUAUAGUCAUUUAGCAUUAUUGUCUAUAUUAAUGCUCACUUGGGUCUGAAGUUUCGAAAGGGGGAAAUAAUCCUUCAUUUAGCAUGACCAAACCACAGGCCUGUUAUUCCCCCUAGUGGUAGGAAACCAUUUCAACUUAGAGACUGAAAAAAUGGCUGAGAAAAUGAAUUUUAGUUCGAACUUACCUAUAAAUUAUUGACAAUGUGUCUGUCUUAGAACUUACUUGACUGCACUAGAUUUGUAAAAGAUGAAUUGUAAAUUUGUAAACUUGACUAAAUUUGACAAAAAAAAUGGUUAGAGCCAGAUAUUACAAAUGUCAAAAUAGAGCACUAUUGUCUCCUGGAGGUAAAUGUGUAAAAUUUGCACCUCAACUGAAUUUUUUUGUAUAUGAAUAUACGUGAAGAAUUUGGCCUUACAGAUUUGCCAGUAAUUGUCAGAUAAGGGUAGAGUGUAAUUUAAGUAUGCUUAAAUAAAAGUGUGUUGUAAGUCUG